AUGACUUCUGUUGCCCCUGUCCCAGAUUGGACCAUUGGGACAGUGCUGCCGUCCAUGAAGGAGGCUCGUGAAGUGUUUCGUCCCCUGCUCCGCCGCAAAGGCUGUCCUUAUCGCGUUGCAAAGGCCAACGACAAGCAGUACUAUCUUGUCUGUCGAACUGAUCCACGCUGCCCCUUCAACGUGCGCAUCUCCAAAAGUCGUGGGGGGCAAAACGAAGGCAAAGUCGUUGUUCGGAAAUACCAGCCUCAGCAUCAUUGUCGGCCCUCUGCUGCACUCGAUGGUCGGAAGCCAUCCGAUACCGCAGCCUGUGCAAAUGAGAUGGCUCCAGGCACUGGGUCGCCCCACUCAUUGCAGAGAAGUUUGGCCAGUACCCGGAGGACGACGGCAUGCAAUGAGUGUAAGCAGCACAAGCUGCGGUGCGAUCUAAAGGAAAGAGAGAAUGAGAAUACAGCCGUCUGUUCUCGCUGUCAGAGGCUCAAGCUAGAGUGCAAACUGGAAUCUGGCUUCCAACGAAGUUCAAAACGAGGAGCGACUUCUAGCCUGGAGCUGGAAGUAGAGGAACUCAGGCGACGUGUUGCGCAGUAUGAAUCGAGUGCUAGGGCUCUGUCCACAGAGCCCAGCCCUCGCGGUUCGGAGACAUCUGCGCAACUCCUGGCUGAGACCUUUGACACUCCGAGGCAACAGCCAAUCGCUCAAUCAGCUGCACGAACGGCCGUGUCACAUAGCAGCAUUGAAGGGGUGGGAGUUCCCAGCGUGACUACUCGGCCGGUUAUCGAUCACGAUCACACUUGUUCGACACCGUUGGUGGUGGCUCCACAGCCUAGGAAAUUGGCAGGCAUUGAACUGUCCGUAGCGGACAUCGAGGAGCUCUUCCACCUCUAUUUCAGCUCCUAUCACCCAUUCCUCCCGUUUCUGAAGCAAGAGAAGUCUCCGCAUGCCUACUACGAAUCCUCGGAGCUAUUGUUCUGGUCCGUCAUCGCUGCCGCCGCGCACCGCACACAGAGCCUGCCUUGCCUUCUUCCUAGACUGGCUGAAGACGUGAUGGAGCUGUUGUGGGCCACCAUCCGGUCAAUCCCGUACUCCCUCCAUGUAAUUCAGAGUCUGGUUAUCAUUUGUGCCUGGCCGUUUCCCACGAGUAGCAGUAUGGCGGAUCCUACAUACACCCUUGCUGGGACGAUGCUCCAUCUUGCGUUCCAAAUGGGACUGCAUUGCGCCUCCAGUGCUGAGGAUUUCACCAAGGGGCGUCUGAAUCUGAGCGCUGAUCAGCGUAGAGAGUGGGUAGCGACAUGGCAGGCUUGUAAUAUCGUUGCACAUAGUGUCAGCGUUGGAUGUGGGCUUCCGGCGACGGUCCAACUACAUGACCAGAGUUUACCAAAGACUGUUCCCUGGGACCCUGCGUUAUGGUCCCAUCUCCGGAUUGAGCAGUAUCGACAGCGAGUGUCCUUGGCCCUUGCACCAAAUGCUAUGGUAUCGCGUGCACACUCACUAGACCACGGUCGGUUGGCAGCUUAUCGCCUGCUCAACUUGGCCUACCUAGAUCUUGAACAAGAAAUAAUUGCCGUCGCUCCAUCAUCUAGAACUCAGAUAUACCUGUCGGCGGCUCGCAUUCACCUUCACUCCUUUUAUCUACUGGACGAUUCGAGGGUGGACGGAUACACAGAUCGCAUCGCGAAUCUGUACCAGUCAGCCUAUGACUUCGUAGCACAGAGUCUUGCAAUGGACCGAGGAGGUGAGGUUUCAUUUCACCACUGGCCAUUCUUCUGUUACCAAAUGUUUGUCAGUGCUUCUUGCGUUAUACUCAGAAUUGUGAAAAACGGACACUUCAACGCCGCAGUGGAUAUCGACUCUGGAAAAGCUUUGCUAAACUCAGCCAUUCUGGCACUACGGAAAAUAUCCGUAGCCAAUAAUGACCUUCCCGCAAGACUGAGCGACGUGAUUGCGUUUCUUUACUCGCAGCGGGGCAUUCGUGGAGUUCCUGGAGACCCUCCCCAUAGUCUCCGUCCUCGCGUACUCAAUCGCCUAAGCAUGAGUAUUGUCUACGACUCACUGUGGGAGUGGCGAGAACAUUUCCGACUUGGUCAAAGCACCGAGGCAAGCACGGCUGCAGAGCUAGCAGUUCCUGUCGGCGGUGAUCAAGUCAAUAUAGACUUUGAACAACUCGGACUCGCCGACGCUUUCACUUUUGAGUGGCCUGAUAUCGAUCUCGAUAUACCUCUGUAG